AUGGUGUUUAACCUGGCCACGAGCCAAGCGCUGCGCGCCGUCGCACGCACUUCAGUCGCUUCUCGUGCUCAGAUCAUGCCCAGCGUCAUCGCUACACCUCUAUCCGUGCGAUUCCUUGCUACACCAUCAUCCUCUUCCAAGCCGCCGCCGCCCUCGCCGUCGGGGUCACCAGCAUCGUCCAAACCAGCCAAAGCCGAGUCGACCGACGAUGCGCAAUCGCAACCGCAACCACAACCGCCAGCCGAGCCUGAACUUGCACGAAAAGGCUCGUCGCUCUUCGACAUUGACACUUCUGCCACACCGCUCGCGUCGCAACUGAUCGAAGCAGAGGAAGCCGCUUCGCGCUCCGAUGCGGGCAAGGGCAGCACGCGCGCCAAAGCCAAGACGGGUGCACGCAGCAUGUCGUCGAUCGAGCGACGUCGUCAGAACACCGUCCGGAUCCUCACCGGCUUUGUGCUCAUCGGUGCCGGUCUGUCGGCUUACAAGCUCGGUCGGCCAUGGGAGAGUUCGGCCGAAGCGGAGCGAUUUGCCGACUCGGCGGAUGCGCAAACGUUUGUCGGUCGUAUCAAACUGCGUCUGAAUGCAAUGUACGACGACUACAACAAGCCUCUGUUCGAGCAGCUGCUGCCGGACCCUUUGCCGUUUCCUUACUCUCGACCGUUUACGAUGGUGAUUGAUAUCGACGAUUUGUUGGUGCACUCGGAAUGGUCGAGGGAGCACGGUUGGCGUACAGCCAAGCGUCCUGGAUUGGAUCACUUCCUGGGCUACCUCUCUCAAUUUUACGAAAUCGUGCUUUUCACCACGCAGCCCUUCUUCACUGCUGGUCCGAUUAUUGAAAAGCUCGAUCCGGAUCGCAGGUUUAUCACCUAUACACUCUUCCGCGAGUCGUGUCGCACUGUGGAUGGCAAACUCGUCAAGGAUCUCAACCACCUCAACCGCGAUCUGUCCAAGGUGGUUGUCGUAGAUACCAACCCGGAUUCGUUCCACCUGCAUCCAGAAAAUGGAAUUCUCGUCAAGCCGUGGAAGGGCGAACGCGAGGAUCGCGAGCUGAUUGGCUUGAUUCCGUUCUUCGAAGCCAUCGGCAUUUACAACAUCGACGAUGUACGCAACACGAUCAAGGCAUACACGGGUACGCACAUUCCUACCGAACAUGCGCGUCGUACCGCUGCGAUUCGCGAGCGCGAACUCGCCGACAACAAGGCCAGACUUGAGCGUAUGGGCAAAUUCGGCAGUGUCUUUGGUCGUGUCUCCCGAAGCGCGUCCGCUGGCCUCCCUGCAGACAAAACCCUGUACGACCUAGAACGCGAACGCUAUCUACAGGCGUACCUCGAAGAGCAAAAAUACUGGAACGAAAAUGGCGACGCCAUCAGAAAACAGGCCAAGGACGAACAGGAUCGCCAGAUCCGCGAAAUGAAGAUCAACACCUGGGGCUUCUUCACCGGCGGCCUUAAGCCUCAGCAGCCGGAGACCCCAGCUCAGUAA